AUGACUCUGCAGUUGCUCAGUUGCACCAUCUGCCCAAAAUUGCCGGUUUUCAGCGAUACCUCUCAUCUCCUUACUCAUGUUGGCUCCAAAGGCCAUUUGUCCCACCUUCACAAACUACAAGUCAGAAGCCAUCAGGAGGUUGCUGCUGGAAUCCAGCUAGCCGCCUAUAAUCAAUGGUACCGGGAUCAUGGCCUUGGUCAACUUCUCUCCGAACGAAUGUUACUCAAAGAAGCAAAGCAAGCCACUAGAAGGGCCAAUGCUGCAGCCAGAGGUGCUACUAUUCAGCAACAGGAGACAAGAAGCCUACCUCCUCAUGUUCAAGCCCCUCCUGCCAGAACAGCUGCUCGUGGUCAACCAAGACCCCUAAGAAAUCGAGCCCGACGAACCAGAAAGCAGCAUGAUGGUGAUAGUGACCAGGAUUUCACUCCAGUCAAGCGUCCAAGGCCUGUGCCCCAUUUUCAUACCGUACGCAAGCAUCGACACACCAGACCUGCACCCGCCGUCAAACGUGCUCUAGCCUCAGAUCCUCCGCUUUCCUCCGAGGCAGAUUGCCCCGCUGAGUUGGAUCCCCAGGACCUUGCGACACCAGAACAUGCCAAGUUGAAGGGCACCGUUUGGCCAGGCAUGGCUCUUUUCGAUGCUGCAACCUCUGCCAUGAGAAGAAAGAGAAACCAGAAGAAAGACGGUUCCGUGUUGAGAAAGAUGGAACGCCUUGCUACAAUGGUUCAGCCAUUCGAGGCCGUAUACACUCCCACUGGUGAACUGAAGAGAGCACGACACAUUGACGACCUUGAAGAUGCCAGCAGUCUCAUCGAGGGCGAAACUCCCAUCCCGAAAUCAAAGCAGACCCGGUCUCGUAAGCGGCCACCCUUGGCAGCGAAAAAUCCCAAUGCUCCUCGCCUGGUGAAACGCAAACUCAAAACCGAAGAUUCUAUGACGGAUAUGGAGCGAAGCGGCAAUGAACUUCCAUCACUUCCAUACCUACCAAGUUCGUCCACCAUCGAAUCAUACAGCCUUGGGGUUCGCUUUCUCCCAGGCGAGGAUGAAGAGAUGGAUCCCAACCCGAGAAUGUCUUCUAUGGUCAACGGCAGACGCCCUGCCACCUUCAAGAUCUUCACGGACGGAAGUCCUACCUAUAAUGGGAAUGGAUCUAUGGCUGAAGACAGCAAUUUGCACUCAGAGAAUUCGCGUCCUCGCCUAUCUGCGAGCACCGCACUAUGGCUUCAACCACAGCACCAAAGCGCGUUGCACUGUCCUAACCCAUACUCUACUCAGCCUCACUUCCAGCGUGAAAACUCCGAAUUUUAUCAUGACGCCCAACACAAGGAGAAUAUCAUGCCAUCUAUUCUACCGUCAGCGAGACUUGGCAUCCACACUGCAAACCCCUUGUCGUGGCGCUCCCCUCUACGUGACUCGCACGGUAUUGGUCUCGCUACAGAGCCGGCAUUUGAGAAUUUUCUCGGGUUGUUCCCAACACCAACUCAAACCGAUGACCCAUUUGUGGUUACUAGAAACCCGUUCGCUCAAGCACUUCCUCAUUUCGGUGUCAGUGAGAACAUGCUCAUCAAGCAGGAUUGA